GCCUGGUUUUGGAGACGAGCAGCGGACUCGGAGCGCUUGGGGGCUGCCGUCCCCGCACAGCAGCCACCGCGGCCCCCUCACACACGGGGGUGGGGGGUAGGGUUCAUGCGCCUGCCCCGAGGAGCCCCUCCGUGGGGUGAACCCAUUACAGGAGGCUGAUGGCAGUGACGGGCUCAUGAGGCUGCGCUGGGGCUCACCGCCCUUGUGGAAGCUUUGUAGUCAGAUGAAUUUCAAUAUGAAGCAGAAAUUGGAUGCAGGAAAAGCCUCAGGAACGAUAAAGUACUUCACAGACAAUGCAAACUCAGCUCCAAGACGGACUCUUAAAAUGAUUCAGCCUUCAGCAGCAGGUUGCCUUGUUGGCAGGGUAAAUGAACCUGCUAAAUGUUCAAUCAAAAGGAAACUUUGGAGUGAUCAGCUAAUUGCAAAGACCUGCAAAGCUGAGGUGGUGGAUCCAGAACAGAAAAAUGAAAAUCUAAAAGGAGUCACUCAAGCUGUUGAUCUCAUGGUAAAAAAAAAUCCUCCCUCUCGGUACUGGAAGGAAGUGGCUGAAGAGAGGAGGAAGGCACUAUAUGAAGUGCUUCAGGAAAAUGAAAAGCUGCACAAAGAAAUUGAACAGAAAGAUGGUGAAAUUGCCCGUCUAAAAGAAGAAAAUGAUGAACUGGUAUUACUUGCAGAACAUGUGCAGUACAUGACAAACAUGAUUGAGAGACUAACUGGGCAGGUACCUGAUGGCCUUGAGUCACUGAAAAAUCUAGACUUGGAGGAAUUUGAGCAGGAGGAUGAAGAGAGUGAUUCUGAGGGUGAUGUAGAUGGUGAUUCUGAAGAGUUGCCUUCACAGGUUUCAUGUGAUUCUAGGGAGAAUGCCACAGAUUCAUCUGCAAAGAAAGCUAGAAGUCUGUGAAAACGGCUUGGCAAACUUGAGUGGCCAGUGUGCAUAUGGCUUCCUAUUUUAAUUGCUAAAUGACUGUUGGAAGAAUAUACUGCCAAAGUUUACCUCAGAUAAGUUACAAGUCUUGUGGAAGCUUUAAAAGUUCGCAGUGGGUUUUAACUGGUAAUAUGUAGCAAUGGAAAUAGCUGUAUACUACCUAAACAAGGUAUUACAGACUGAAUUUGGUCACUUCUAUAAAAUGGAAAUACUAUGUAUUUCUAACUUGUGUAAAUAGUAUCUGUUGCUUUGACAUGAGAAUGUGUACUUGAUAAAUAAACUAAACUCUACCAAAACA